AUGUAUCCUAUAUAUGAAGGUGUAGCUGAUAUCCAGAACACCGAUUUCCGUGAGACUUUCCAGGAGAGCUGUUUUGAGAUCAAUCUUUUGGUAAGUUUGUAUUUUUCAUGAUGAUUCUGUCUUUAGAUUGACAAAAACUACGAAGAUGCUGACCUCACAAUUACUGUACGUCCCAUAGACGAUGAUGGAUACGAAGUUCUUGUCAGUUACAUAGUCACCAUUAAUGGAAAACCAUAUUAUGUGUGUUCUAUAAUAUUUUGUAUAAUACUAUUUUUGUUACUUUAAGGUUGAUUUCGAUCUAUGGAAGAACUCUGAUGAAGUUCUACGGAUUCCAGCGUUACCUGUUCAGGAUCUUCAUAUUAAAUUUGAAAUCGAAGUCCAUGAAGUUCUAUGCCCCAAUAGCCUGAGCGAACCUGGACCUCAUCGGAAUUUCAGAAUCUUGGUAUGUUCUCCAGUACAUUGUGGAUUGAUUUUUAGACAAAGAAUGGAGAGGUAUACGUGAAUACAUCCUGGCUUCUAGAUAAUGUUGGUGGAAGUCUUUUCUCGGAUUGGUUUGUAAGAGAAGGGCAGGGAGAAUCGACUGUUGUCCCUACAAAUAUUGAUGAAAACGAGCUGGAGGUUCUGCUGAAAGCUGUCUGCUCCUAUUCUAAAAUCAUAAUUACGAGGUAAGCAAUAGUUUUUUUCAACGAAUAUUAUUACUUUGCUAUUUUAUGACUAAACUUAAUGUUCCAGGCAGAAUUUUGACGUCUUGCUGGAAGUAGCGUGGCGAUUCAAGAUUACAAAUCUUCUCCGAGCAUUAGAAGGGUAUAUUCUCCAAGCCCGGGCGUUCCAUCCCAUGGAGAAAUUGAUCUUCGCUUACAAAUAUAAAAUGGCAAUGUUGGCUACGAAUAUUCUGGCUCCGCUGGACUCCAGAGAACGAAAGAAAGAUGCCUUAUAUGCCUAUAUCGAAGAAAAGGACAUAACGGAAAUCCCACAAGAGCUCAUGGAAAUGCUGGAUCUCUGA